AUGGAGCAAGUAGAAAUCAUUAACCAGAAAGGGGAAAUAGUAAGCAAGCAGACAGUCAAUACAAAAAUAUGGCAAAUUCCGCUUUCUCGUCGAAAUAUUUCUCUGGCUAAUCGUUAUUAUUCAUUCAAUAAGCAUCAAAAUACGCAUAAAACUAAAACUAAGGGGGAAGUAGAAG